AUGGAAAAAGAGUCUUCUGAGUCCAAAAGCCAGUCAGAAAGUCCUCACAAUUCUGAUGACGAACCUUCUGACAGUCAACAAGUUGUGAAUUUGAUCAAACAAGUCAAUUUUAGAAAAUGGUAUUCGAACGUGACAAUAUUUGUCCAAAACUUUGAGUUCAACACAGUUGCCCUAUUUGACUCAGGAGCUGAUCUUAACUGUAUUCAGGAAGGUCUAAUCCCUACUAAGUUUUACCAGAAGUCUAGCGAAUCCUUAAGCAUUGCUUCAGGAAAAUCACUCCAGUUAAAUUUUGAGUUACCAAAAGCCCAUGUAGAUUAUGAUGGUGUCAUUUCUACCUAUUUAGGCGAAAAGGAAAACGUUGAGUUAGAAAGAGGAGUCCCAAGAUUAGUUAUCAAUUACAAGCCACUUAAUUCAGUCUUAGAAUGGAUUAGGUAUAAGACUGCAUUUGUCACUCCUUUCGGUCAUUAUGAAUGGAAUGUAAUGCUAUUUGGUCUGAAAAAUGCCCCUAGUGAAUUCCAGAAUAUUAUGAAUGAGAUUUUUAAUCCUUACAAUCAUUUCUCAAUUGUCUAUAUUGAUGAUGUUCUCAUCUUUUCUGAGUCAAUAGAACAACAUUGGAAACAUUUGCAUAAAUUCCUUCAAAUUGUCAAACAGAAUGGUCUAGUUGUUUCUGCUAAGAAGAUCAAGUUAUUCCAAACCAAUAUCAGAUUCCUUGGUUUCAAUAUUUGCCAGUCACAAAUCUCCCCAAUCGAUCGAGUCAUUCAGUUUGCUGAUAAAUUUCCUGAUCAAAUUCUUGAUAAAAGUCAACUCCAGAGAUUUCUAGGAUCUCUAAAUUAUGUUUCUGACUUUUACAAAAAUCUGAGAAAGCAAUGUAAGCCCUUGUUUGAUAGACUGCAGAGUAAUCCUCCCCCAUGGUCAACCAUCCAUACUGAAGUUGUCAAACAGAUCAAAACCCAUGUCAAGACACUUCCCUGUCUUGGUAUUCCUUCAGUUGAUUCCUUUAAGAUAGUUGAAACUGAUGCCUCUGACAUAGGUUAUGGUGGUAUCCUCAAACAAAGAGCCUGUCCAAAUCCCCCAGAACAGAUUGUUCGCUUUCAUUCCGUUGGCCAAAUUCGCCCCAGUUAUCAGUCGACCUUAAUCUCCAGUUAUGAUCCUUUUUCAGUUGAUCCCUCAGCUGGUCCCUCAGUUGCCUUCAAAAAGACAUCUCCCUAUUUGCCCAAAAGCAAUUUUCACCUGUUCGUUGUUGAGCAUGUCUAUGAUAUUAAUUCUGAUCCAGUUGCCAUAGCCAGACACUAUUUCCCUCUGGGAUUUCAUUAUAUGCCGCCUAGUCCAUACAAGUCUUUCAAGUAUUAUAGAGAUAUAUUACUUGAGACUCAGUCAGUUGAAAUUAAGCCAAUAAAGGAUCGUGAUCACCCUUAG